GAAAGUUAAAUCCUGACCAAUAGCAUACGCCUGUCAGCUUCUCUCAUUUAUCAUUCGGCCUUUGUCUGAUUAGACUAGCAUAUUACCUUUCCUUCCUGGAAAAUAUAUCCGGCCAUUUGGAUUCAGCAUUAGGGACUGAGUUGAAGGGACAUCAAUAAUGAUCAGACAUCAUAGAUGAAAGCUAUUUUUCGCCAGGACAGAGACCUCACUCAGUUGAAAUAAUGAGGACUUUAGAUUUAGAUGAAUCGUUCAUUGAUCCUUUUCUGGAGCUAGCUCCGUUUUCUGCACGCUCUGAAAAAACUUAUGAUGAAGGACGCACAAAAGUAGAACACAGACAGAUAAUUGGGAAUUUACCGAUACCAAUAGAUAAUUUAAAAGCUCAUCUACCAUUUUUAGCCAUUCAUCUACAAGAAGCUCUAGCUGAAUCAGUUUCUGCAGGAAAUCCGAAUCAAAUAGAUAAAAGUAAUCAGUCAAUCAUUGACAAAUCGGCACUUCAUUUAUCAUCUUUAUUUCCACAUCGUGUGUUCAAAAAUCGAGAGAGGAGACCACCUAAACAGAACUAA